CUGCGGGAUUUGUGUCGCAGAGACAGCAUUUGUUGGAAUACAUUUCACUCAGCUGGAAAAAUCUGCUCCUUUUUCCUGUAAAUAAGCGCGUAAAUGGAUGUUGAGUCGUGACUGCCGUGCACCGCCUCUCAUCAUCUCUCCUCAUCUCAAGCCGCUGCAGCAUCCCCGCCACGGCAGCUCUCUCCUCCGCAGCCAUGGGCACCGUCCUCUCCAUCUCCCCCGCGACCAAAAAGGCGUCUAUAAUGGACGCCGAGGUCGCAGCCGGAGACGGACCCAAGAACGACAAGAGCCUGAAGCGGCACUCCAUGUUCGUAUCUCUGUCGUGGAAGAAGCUGGUGGCGAAUUCAGCCAAGAAAAGCGCCAAGAAAGUGACCCCGAACCCGGUGGCGCCCGUCCGCGAGCUGCCGGCCAGCCAGGUGGCUCAGCUCAACAACGAAAACACCCGGAAAACGCAGCAGACCGAGGAAAAGAAGCCCAAAGCGCCCAUCCCAGUCCCGGUGCCCAAGGUCCCCACGCAAAACAGCGAGAUCUCUCUCCAGAACGGGCGGCUCUCCACGGUGCAGAAGCAGCCCAGCAGCUUCUCCCUGGUGUCUCCGCGGCGCGUCGUCAUCCAGGCGUCCACCGGGGAGCUGCUGCGCUGCCUGGGGGACUUCAUGUGCCGCAGGUGUUACAAGCUGAAGGAGUUGAGCAGCGGAGAGGUGGUGCUCUGGUUCCGAAACAUCGACCGGACUCUGUUGAUCCAGGGCUGGCAGGACAUCGGCUUCAUCACGCCGGCCAACGUGGUGUUCGUGUACCUGCUGUGCCAGGACGCGAUCACGGAUAGUAUCGAGAGCUCGAGCGAGCUGCAGGGCGCCUUUCAGACCUGCCUCUACCUGGCAUACUCUUACAUGGGCAACGAGAUCUCCUACCCGCUCAAGCCCUUCAUGAUCGAGGCCAACAAGGACGUUUUCUGGGAGACCUCGCUGACGAUCAUCAACAGGAUGAGUCCCAAAAUGCUCCAGCUGAACGCAGAUCCGCACUUUUUCACCGAGGUCUUCCAGGAUCUGAAAAACCAACGCGAGUCCAGUGAGUCCAACCUGGACCGCUGAAACCAAAAAAAAAAAAAAGCCAAUGAGGGUUUUAAAGAUGAAUGUAAAAGAUGACUGCAAAAAUCACUUCAGUGUGAUUUUGCACGGAAAGGCCAAUGUUUAUGGCUUCUCAUGCUCAACAUGUCUCAUAAUGUUACACAACUUCUUCAGUAUGGCGUUUAGGGUUCAGUAUGGGGGGUUUUAAACAUGCAUGCUUGUUGUAAAUAUUGUCCUCUUUAGUUCUUAAUUCACACAGGGGUUGACUUCGUUGUACAGAUCACAUUGUAAGAAACUCUCAGAUCUCUAUUUCACAUAAGAUUAGCCUAUAUUCUGGGUAAAUGACGAUGAUGGGAGGUGAAAUCCCAGGCAGGACCAGAAUAGAUGGGAGUCGUGUCAGGAGCUGGAGCUGUCCCAGGUGCUGACCUGGGUGCCAUUUCUGCUCGUCUCCCUGCCAGUGAAGAGGAGCUGGGUAGAAGCCAAGCUUGGCUUAAUAGGACUACAAUCAGCCCGGUACACUUGCAGCACAUAAGCCUAAACCUUGUAAGCAGACGGUGUAUAUUCUGCUUUUUAAACAUCUCAGUCAGCUGAUAGAUUUGCUCUUGAUAAUGCAACAGACACUGGUUACCUAAGGGAGUAAAACACAUAAAUCAACAUAUUUAUAGGUACUCCUCUAGAAGUAUAUAGCAUUACUUGAAUUCUUUAAAGCUUGACUGGAUGUUUUAAAAGCGCCACAUAAGGAACCAUGCAUAUCUAAUACCUGGAAGGUAUCUAAAUGUUUUUAGCGUCUCUUGUCUUAUAAAUACCACCAAAUAUCAAUGAACAGCAAUCUGUUUUUGCACUUCUAAUGUAAUGUUCCUGUACAGUAAGCAUGUUGUUGGCUGAAGCUGCAGACGAUGGGCAGAGAUGUAAAUUUUAAAAAGGGAACAUCCCCACCCCUGGAAUGUACUCAGUUGCACUAAAAAGGGCCAAAUAUGACCACUAAACAAGGUUAUUAACGCAGGGCCUCUUUUAUUUAUUCGUUUCCUUUUGGCUGCUAUGAUGCAUUGCUUUUCAACACAUUAGUGUGUAACUGGAGACUGAAUGGAAUGUAGGAUUUAAAAGAUUUGUUUAAAUCUUCUCUGUGCCAACUAUUAAAUGGCCUAAAACUUUAUGGUUUACAUGUAUAUAUUCCAUAUUUAAAUAAUAUCUUUAUUUUAUUUUCUCUUUUGCCUGUUUUGAAGAUGACUGUACAUGAUGUAGUUUGAGCAACACAAAAACAAAUAGAGCUUAACAGUUAAAUGGCAUUUUUUUGCCCUGUUCUGUAGAUUUGCUCUUGGCCUCAGUUUAGUGGUGGUUUAAGCUUUUGCUCACUUGCUCAAUUCAGGAUUUAUUAAAAUAAAAGAUCUGAUUACUGAGUGACAGAUGACUAUCUUUCACAUGUGUCAUUGCAGUAUAUAUAAGCUAAAACUGAUUUGACUUAACUCUGAGACCAAAGGUACGUGGUACACUGCCUGUUGAGUCCUGAGGUCCCUCUGAGAGGUCCUUGUGAUGUGUCGUGAAUCCGUUGCUUGGAAAGUGAAUAAUGAUGCUGCUAUUUUGCACAGCUGUGAACAAACUUUCAAUGUUUUUGCACAGUGAUUUGGCAUAAUGGUGAUGUACCAGUGUUUCCUGUCAGGCGCUGGGCUGUUUGCCAUUAAGUCUGCAGUUAUUGUCACCAGCUCUCACUUUGGAUUGAUCAUCUGUGAAUUUUAUCUUUUGUACAGUCCAUUUCUUCUAUAUUGUCAUGUGGAAAGUGAUAUGUAGGUGUGUGUUGUCUGCAGUGUUGCACCACCGAUGCAUUCACUCUUUCCACGUGUUUGACAAAAAGAUACAGUACAGUAAAUGUUUAUGGUAACAAUAAUGAAAUAAAUGCAAACCUAUGUAGAAUCUCCUGCCUCUCAUUAAUUGCUUUAUUCACUUGUAUAGUUUCAACGUUUAUGUAAGCAAUGUUAAUGUUCAUGCAAAUGGUUAUAGUCUGCAUUAGCCAUACCUUGAAGUUUGGUAAAGGAACUUGAAUGCUUUCUUAUCCAUGCACAAAACACACUAAUCCUUGAUUCACAACCAACCCCCCUGAGACCCGGUUAUGCAAGAGCAAUAAGUCCAUGUCGAAUAUGCCUACUGUUCAGGAUGGACCGAUGUAGGUUGCUAUGAGACUGAAAUUCAUGAAAGGUAAUUGGUUGCCAUGAAACUAGAACCCAUCACAUAAUCGUAUUAUUACACUCAAAACAUCUUUUCUAUGUAUAAAAACUGAAGUUUGAUGGUGUAGAAGCAGUCUGCUAUAUCUGUAAAUCUUUUCCCAAAUGGUUGACUGACAUUUCAGAAUGUGUUGCUCUAGACUGCAGCUUUAUAGGUUGAGGACAUGAAAGUCUGCUGACACACAUAAAGGAUAUUUUUGGUGCCCCUUCUUUGCGUCCUGGCUGCUCCAUUUCAGGCCAAAUAGAAAGAUCGGGAUGCAAACAACCUAACAUUAAGGAAAGGAAAAGGGUAUCCUUACCGUUUAGUGUUCACGCUAACAUCUGCUGCAAGUUACUCUCAGUAUUUGGUUCCCUGCAAAUUGUUCUGUUCUUGCCUAGAUUUAAAAUAAUAGAUGAAGCAAAAUUAGUUUAUUUAUCCAUCCAUUAUCUAUCGCUGUUUAUUCUUAUUUAGGGGCACAGAGAUCUGCUGGAGCCUAUCCAAGCUUUCUUUGUGCAAGAGAUAGUUGUACUCCCUAAACAGGUUUCAUGUGUCAGGCAUUAAAAGAUUGAACACCAUUAUCCACUUUAUGAGUUUAUGUUCUUGUUCCUUGGUCUUCAUUUUUUCAUUGGACUCAGACUUAGACAUUAUUUCUUACAUUUUAGUGUAUUUCACUU